AUGCCGAAGCAUCGCAUGGAAGCGGACUUCAAGGGGGCAAAAGGUAUCUCAUUUCCCAACUUCUUGAUGGCAAAUGGAGUCCGCCAUCUUCAUUAUCUUUACUUCCGAGUAAGUCGCAUCUCGAUUCUUGUCGAUGUUGAUGUCGCUGCUUCUGUAUGGGCGCGGUUCGCUCGAUGCCCCCUCAAGCCAUCUCGUUUCUGA